CAGGCACCAAGGCUGCAGCAUCCUCCAGCAGGCGGUGGUAUUCUGCCCUGACCUUCCCAGGAAACACAGAUCUUUUCUGGGACCAGCCAGCCUGGGACUCCCGGCGACAGUGGCUGAGUAGCUUGCGGGAACGCCCCUCCGGUGCACGCACAGCCAGAGAAAGGUUCAGAGACUUUGGCAGUGCCCGGGUGCAGAUCCCUGUCAACGCAGACUUACAGACUCGGGUCCCGCGGGGCUGCUGAGUGAAUUGGGGUAGCCGCCGGCUCUCCUGCAGUGGCCAAGAUGUAUAACUUGUCGCUCUCCGAGCCUGGCGGGGACAAUGUGUCCUGCGGCGGCUUGACUCUGGGCUGUCCCAACGGGUCGAGCCCCGCGCCUCUGCCGCUGCCGCAGCCACUGGCCGUAGCAGUACCUGUCGUCUACGCGGUAAUCUGCGCGGUGGGACUGGCGGGCAACUCAGCGGUGUUGUACGUGCUGCUGCGCGCGCCGCGCAUGAAGACUGUCACCAACGUGUUCAUCCUCAACCUGGCUAUCGCCGACGAGCUCUUCACCCUCGUGCUGCCCAUCAACAUCGCCGACUUCCUGCUGAGGCGCUGGCCCUUCGGGGAGGUCAUGUGCAAGCUCAUCGUGGCCGUCGACCAGUACAACACCUUCUCUAGCCUCUACUUCCUCACCGUAAUGAGCGCGGACCGCUACCUGGUGGUGCUGGCCACAGCCGAGUCGCGCCGGGUGUCGGGGCGCACUUACGGUGCUGCGCGCGCUGUCAGCCUGGCAGUGUGGGGGCUAGUGACUCUGGUCGUGCUGCCCUUCGCGGUGUUCGCCCGGCUGGACGAGGAACAGGGCCGACGCCAGUGCGUGCUGGUCUUCCCGCAGCCAGAAGCCUUCUGGUGGCGUGCCAGCCGCCUGUACACACUGGUCCUGGGCUUCGCCAUCCCGGUCUCCACCAUCUGCGCCCUCUAUACCACCCUGCUGUGCCGGCUGCGUGCCAUCCAGCUAGACAGCCAUGCCAAAGCCCUGGACCGAGCCAAGAAGCGUGUGACCUUGUUGGUGGCGGCGAUCCUGGCUGUGUGCCUCAUCUGCUGGACGCCUUACCACCUGAGCACCAUAGUGGCGCUUACCACCGACCUGCCGCAAACGCCCCUGGUCAUUGGCAUCUCCUACUUCAUCACCAGCCUGAGCUAUGCCAACAGCUGCCUCAACCCCUUCCUCUAUGCCUUCUUGGAUGACAGCUUCCGCAGGAGCCUUCGGCAGCUGGUGUCGUGCCGUGCCGCCUGAUGCCCUCUGGACCCGAGGCAGCAGUGCCAUCUGGGUUCAGGGGAACCCCGUGAGUGCAGUUCCCAAGCAGCAGCCCCGACGUCCUGUCCUGAGGCCCCUUCCUGGCAUGCAGAACCGCAGACUCUACUCAGAACUGUGUGAUUCCGGAUUUGCUCAGCCCCGAGGUGAGGUAGAGGAUAGGUUGGGUAAGGACACAGCACUGCUUUCUCCUUACAGCAAAGGGCAGAGCUUGAUCCCUGAACUUAGGGUGAGUGACUUAAGCAGUGUUGUUGAAACGUGAGUCUAAUUUUCCCGAUGUCUUAGGCGCCCCCCCUCCAGCGACUCAGCGCUUGCUGUGUAUUUUGCUACUUUGCCUUCCACAACAGAUGCCAGUGCUUUUGGUCACGCCGGUAAACAGCCUGUCCUGACCCUUCUUAGGUGCAUUCUAACUGCCUGGUAAGGGUUAAGGCCAUGCCUCACUGGAGAUGUUGAGGGUGGGCGUGGGGGUGGUGAAGGAGGCUGGAGCCUGGCUAUGACUGACAAGAAUAAAGAUAAUCACCUACCCAGAUUCCCCGACAAUCUUUCUUCUUUCCAACCUCUGGUUUCACCCUAAAGACGAUCACAGAGGCUGCAAGGGCCAAGAGUUAAGAGAAAUCACCAGAGCCAGGUUCCAGCGCCCUCUUGAGGAGCCAGGUAUCCAGCGAGUUUCUGAGAGCUGCUUCUGUAGUGGGGUGCACCAGCCAAGAGCUGUUAACAACAUAUUGGUCCUUUGUGGUUUCUGUAAAGUACUCCAAAACAUCCCUCAUGGACUUCACCGGUCUCAUACGACUUGGACCAUUGUAAUUGUUUGUGUGUGCAGUUUUUGAGGAGAAAGAACUCUAUAAAUAAUACAUGUGUCUUAAUCUCAUAGGCUACUUAGAGGACUGUAAAAACAAAAAAUGCAACUUGUUCCAUCCUUGGUUUCACUUCCUGACUGUUCUUCCAGGACCUCCCUUCAGUGACAGCCCCAAGUGGGACCCGCCUCACACCCCAAGCUUUUUCUUGGCUAGACCCUUGCUUACACUCUAACCACAGGGAAGUCCUAAGCUUUGUUCAGUUCUCCGGGCUUGCCUCUGGAAGCCGUGGGAACAUGUUUCUGGUUUCCCACGGGGAUCAGCUGGUACCUGCUUUUAUAUCCUUUUUCUCUACCUGUGAAAGACAAACUUGGAGGAGGAGUCUGACCAGUCCUCUGCAGUUCACACCUCAGACACAAGGCCUGGGACAACCAGACCCAUCACUCACUGCACUGUCUUAAACGGUGUGUUUAGGAUGAAUGACAGGAAGGAAUGAAUGAUUUUAAAGUUUGUUUUCUAUGGGAAAGCUCUCUUUUAUGUGUAACACGAGUGUUACCAGGAGAUUUUGUUUACCUAAUUUGGCAUUCAAGCCACUUUCUCAGUAAUUUAUAUUCAAAACACCCUUCAAAAGUAUGCAGAAGGAGGGAGCCCAAGCUCCUCUCUGAUUUUGGUGAAUGAGAAUUGGUUCUUUAGUUCUUAGGGUUGUGGGAAAAUGAAGAUAAUUUUCAAGUAUUAGCUGAGAAAGUGAAUCUAAGGCUGUGUGUCUUGAGUGCAAAUAACAGUAAAUUGUUCAAAAUAAAGCUUUCCAACAGUCAUGCCUUUGAACCAUGGCCAUCACGGACUCAGAAUCGGCCUUUGCUGAGCCUUCAGAGGUGUCUGGAAUGUGUUCAAAUAGUCUUCAAAUUUCUGAGUAGCAUUCUACAGAUAUUUCUUUAAAACUGAAUUCUUGUAUGAGUGCUCUGUAAUUUUUCAAAAAUAGUGUUUUAUAACUUAGUGACCUUUAGAUUGUCCAGGAUGAUGGUAAAUGACAUGGAAGUUUGACCACAGAUGCCAAGCCAUGCCAUGUCACUUUAGCUGGAAAUUUGGUCUUCAUAAACACAGCAACAACACAGAUCAGAGGGAGGUCCAUGAAGUUUUCUGUCUAUUGUAUCACCCCUACUGGGGAUGGAUCUGUGUCUGUCCUGUAGUCUCUGGAUGCUGCUGGAAAAAACACAGGUAUGAAUAUUAUUUUGUCCCUCACAGCCAGGUAUAGACACUGAAAACCUAGUUUUCAGAAAGAGGACUCAGCAUCAAUGUCACUCUGGCUUUCUAAGUCCCUGAUUAUCACCUCUAAGGCCACUACUAUUUUUGUGAGAUUUGGGAGUCCAGACAGUAUGUCUUAUAGCUACCUUCUAUGUCUUAGAUAAUACAUAGAGGAAAUAAGCAAACAAGCCAAACAGGAGUAAAAUUUAUAAUUCCAUGUUAAUUCUUACAGUCUUUGUGUAAACUAUGCUGUUUGUCUUUACCCUUCUAACAUUUAAAAGUGUAAAUUUGGUUUCAUUCAAUUUAGUGUAAUUGUAAAAUGUAGGUUUUAUGCUUUCUCAAGAAAUGCAGAAAUUUGCUAAUCAACUGCAGAUUUCAGUUUAAAAUAAAAGCUGAAACAUUCUGUGUGACGAGUGUAUAUUAUGUUUCCAAAAAAAGAAAGCAAAACAAAAACCAACCAAGCAACACCACAAAAAACAAAACCA